AUGUCUUCUCAAAAGAUCUAUCUGGUAACAGGCGCCAACAGAGGCAUUGGAAAAGGCCUUGUUGCAGCCUAUAUAUCCGAGCCAGAGACUGUUGUGAUUGCGGCAGUGCGUGAUCCGAAUCACAAGACUUCUCAGUCACUCGUCCUACUGCCAAAGGCGACAGGCAGCAGUCUGAUCAUUGUAAAGAUGGACAUGCAAUCAAGCGCAUCCAUUUCUGAAGCAAUUGAUACCCUCAAGACACGCCAUGGUAUCAAAAACAUUGAUGUGGUGGUUUCCAACGCAGGCAUCGGCGAAGUCACUGGUCGACUUGUUGAGACGCCUGUGUCAGUGAUCCAAAGGUUCAUCGAUGUUAAUACUUUUGGUCCUCUGAAUCUAUUCAAGACUUGCCUGCCCAUGCUUCUGGAAUCUCAAUCACCCAAGUUCUGCAUCAUAUCUAGCCUUGCAGGAUCUAAUAAUUCACUCAACACAAUGCUACCUACAGCACCGUACAACGCAUCCAAGCUCAUGGUCACUCAUUUUGCUCGGUGGUUUGCCGUGGAAGUUCCAGAGGUGACCACUUGGUCGGUGCAUCCUGGAUUGGUUGACACGGACAUGGGAAUCACGGGUGUGGAUGCCAUAACAAAGAUGCAGCCAGAGAUCGGUGCUUCCUUGAAGUGCAUAUCCACUGAAGAAAGUGUAGCAGGUUUGAAAACAGUGAUUGAAGGUGCCACGAAGGAAAAUACUAGCGGUCAUUUCCUGAAUUACGAUGGUGCAGAGUUGCCAUGGUGA